AUGACAGUGAGAAGCUCAAUAGCGUACAUUGGAGCUUUUCUGGCGACCGCGAGCAUAUUUUUUAGUUUCGGUUUGCUCAGUGGCCAGUACGAUGUUGUCUCUUUUGUUCAGGAAACGAAAAUGAGAGCUGCGGGACUGGCACCCGCCUUAGAGGAAAUCAAGUCCACCGUCAUAACGCCUGAGCAGUUCGUGAACGAACUCAACCUCACACACAUUGAGCAGAUAAUUGCCCAAAGCCUUGUCGGACGGACUCUGGGAGCGGCAUCCAAGGCCCAUGAAAGCGUCGUGGUUCAACCAUUCUCCAAUGCCACUGGAAUGGCAAAGACAAAAAAGUGUAGGAGAAUGUUGCGGAAAGCACUUCACACGUCUAAAGCUCAGAGCAAAGAGCAGUUCGAGCAGAUUAGGGUCAUAAUGAUGGAUUCUAUUGGGGCUGUGAUUAAGGCUAUUCGUGCAAAGUAUACACCCGAAGAUCCGGAUCCAGCAUACGCACGGAUGGAGAUGUCCCACUCAAAACGCCGUAAAAAUGAUGAGAGUUUCCAUGCAAAGGCAAUUGAUCGUUAUAUUGAGCUAAAUCGUGAGUCGCGGAAGCUAGAAAUCAAGAUUCCAGAAGACCAAAAGCACCUGGGACCUAAACCUCAUGAAAUUAUGAUAUUCUCAGCUUCGAAUGCGGACCUCCGUGACCCAGAAGAAGCUGAGCUUGUGUAUCAAGCUCUCGAGAAUCGUAACUCGUAUGCAGCUUAUCACGGUUAUCAGCAUGAAUUCCUUAAUCUCAGCCGGUAUAGUGCUGCUGAGUAUGAGCACCCGUGCUGGCUGAAGCUUCCGGCCAUUCAAGAAACACUUCACAAGCACCCGGAAGUCAAGUGGCUAUGGUGGCUAGAUAUGGAUGCGAUUAUCAUGAACGGCCAGCUCAAAAUUGAAGAACACUUACUGCAUCCUUACACCAUGAAGCAUCGCUUAGUAUCUGAUACCAACGUCUGCGCUGUUGGUGACAUAUUCAGUGAUGGUGGUCUGACCCCGCUUGCAUCCGAUGUUGAUCCGGACGAGAUAGAAUUUAUUUUCACCCACGACUAUUUGACUUUAAACGCAGGCUCUUUUUUCCUCAAAAAUACCCCCGCCAACAAAUUGACACUCGACAUGUGGGGAGACCCAGAGUUCAUUUAUAAUGAAAAAGGAGGGCGAAAGUAUGAGCGACGGGAACAGGAUGCAUUUAUUAACCUCUACCACCGGCACAAGAACGUUCGCGACAGAACUGGUGUUUACGUUCAAUCAACUAUGAACUCUUACGAUGAGCACAAUGGUAGAGAGCUACAAAGAGGUGAGCAUGGGGAUUUUGUUUUCCAUUUUGCAGGGUUCUCAAAUCAAAGAGAAACCUAUCUAAGGAUGUGGAAAGAAGCUUGGGAUAAGCGAGUUCUCCCCAAUGGCGAGCACCCUGAAGUUACACUCCCCAGCCCAGCUGAGGAUAGUGAGCCUGAAGCCUAG